AGUUUACACUUGUCACUUUAAUUUGUUUGAGCUGAGAUAACUAUGUGUAUUUAAUAAAUUAAAUAAACAAUUUUAGGAGAUAUAUUUCAAGACCUACUGUCGGUAAAAUUACAGGUCAAUCUUAUACCAGAUUAUAAACAAAAGUAGUAAUGGCGAACGAUACGCCGGAAAGUGAUUUUUCAAUAGAAUGUUUCCAAAACUACUCAGCUCCAGAAGUUUUUGUGCAAGGUCUUGCUGGUAUGGUAGAUCAAACUGACGUGGAAGUAAUAAUAAGGGCACAAAAAACUAUGUUACAACGCUUUGAAAAGACAACAGAAAUGUUGACAAACUGUAAUCAGCUGUCUGCCAGCCGGCUUCGAGCUGCCUCCGUGGAGUUUAAGAAACACACGCAACUUCUAAUGGAUAUGAAAAAGGACUUAGAAUUUAUAUUUAAGAAAAUAAGAGCAAUUAAAACUAAGUUAAGCACACAGUAUCCAGAAGCUUAUAAAGAAGCUCUUGCACUAGCUGAGGCAAGUAGGAAUCCCAUCGAAACUGAAGAGUCUUUACCAACAGAAAAUAAAAUAGAAUCCAAGAUGGUGGCCACAGUGUCUACGGAGACACUGAAACCGAUCAAUGAUAAGAAAUUAAAAAAGAGAAAUGUAAAGGUCAUCGGAGAGAGAAAUGACGGAAGUACUGUGGACACAUUGCGGAAAAUAAAGAGUAGCUCGUCUUCAGAAACGGAGAGCGCCAGUUCCGGUGAUGAAAGUAGUACCGACACCGGUUGAUCAACACGUGGUAUAUUUUGUUGGCCUACCUCAUUUAUGUCCGGCUUAAACUUUUCAAACACGGAGCAGAUGUCUAUUGCUUCUGAAAGCUCAAUAUUUCUUGGACAUUUUCAUUUCUUUGGUGACAGCCAUCAUAUAAAAACACAAGUUUGAGGAAUGAUUGAAACUAAAAUCUUUACCAAUAUUAUAAAAUAGCUAUGUUUUAUAAUGAACUUGAUUUCAAUAGUCAAAAAUAUAUGUAUUUUUUGGGUCCUUUUCCUUUAGCUUCUGUUAAAACAAUUUGGGUAGUCUGUAAUUAAGUGUAUGAUUAUAAUCAAUUAAUUAAAAACCUGAUCUCAGAGUAUACUAACUAUAUAUUAUAUUCUAAACUUAUAGAGGAGGUAUUGUUAGACAAUUCCUAUUAUAAUUUAUAUAUAUAUAUAUAUAUAAAUGAGUUGUGUUUUAUGUUCACAUUAUUGUCAAGUUGUGUGUAUACCAACCAGAAAUUGAUCGCUAACUCUCAUGAUAUCUUUGAAUAAAAAUAAUAAAAUUUGGGUAAAAUUUAUUUAAUAUAUUUAUAAAAGUAAAAUAAAAUACAUCCAUUAUUGUUUUAUUAGUUUUGUAGGUUUCUCGGGUUACUUGGCGUGAACUAUGUACACUUAAAAAAUAUUAACUAUCACAUAUAACUACAAAGUAUUAUUUUUAUAUACAAUUUAUGAAGAAAUACAGUCAUAUAAUUAAAAUUUAUUAUACAAGUGCAUUAUAUGCAAGCCGUUCAACAUACAUGGCAGUUAUAAAAUAUUUACACAUAUUAGUUAAAAUAAGAGUUGAGAUAUACAUAAUAACUGUAUUAUAAGGGGAAAACUCAUUGAACUAGACUCGUACACAAAAUGUAAAUACAUUUAAGUUUCUGGUGUCCUGUCACAGCGCCCAAUAUUAAUAAUUAAGAAUCUCUUAUAAAAAACCAAAUAUAUUUGAUAUUGAAUUAGAAGCAUUACAAUAUUUUUAUAUAUGUAUAUAUAUCUUUAGGUAAAACAGUGGAACACAUUUCUCAACAAAUAGUGACUAAAUCACAACAUACAGAUAUACAUAAUACAGUUCCAAUAUUGGACAUAGUAAAAUUCAAAUUGGUGUAUGCCAACGGGGCGAGGAUGCAAUUACAGGGCCACAUACAGCUCAAAACCUAGAAGCAGGAAUGGAAAAAUGCUCAUGGACUUUGCAAUGGAAAAUAACUUGACUUCAAGAAAAAGUAAAACAGAUUGUGGAGCUGGUUGUCACUCGAUGGAAAAUCUGAAAACCAAAUUCACUUUAUACUGACCAACAAACAAAUUCUUUCCAAGCAUAAAUGUCAUCAAUGACAUAAAUUUUAACACCAACCACCACAUUGUCAGCUGAAUUAACCUCAUCCCAAUCCAAGAACCCCAGACUUAACAAACAUCUGAUAGGAGAAAUAGCUAACUCGCCAAACUUGAAACUUAAAGACUACAAAAAUGAAACAAAGACCCUGACACACAGGAGAAAUACAACUGGUUGGAAAAAAAAAUUACAACCAUUACUAAAGAACAGCAAAAGGGAAGAGAACCUAAACAACUAAAUCAGCAAAGAAAAAAAAGAAAACACAAGGAAAGACAGGAGACAAUAGAGAGACAUAUAAGACAGACAGGAGGAACAAAGAA